ACUUGCCGCAUCUUUGAGCCCAUACGCAACACAGAGGCAGAAGCCCCGACUAUCGCUCCGACCAUCGCUACCGGCGAGACCGAGAACCCUGAUGAGUUCCUGAAGACGAGCUAGAGAGAGAGAGGGAUGGUGGGGGAUAUAGAGAAGAUGAUCGCAGUGGGCCUCGUAUGGGGCGCCACGAAUGCUGUCAUGCGCCGCGGCGCUCUUAUUUGGGAUCAAGCUCUCAAAUCUUCGUCCUCGUCGAAACCACUCCACCACUGUACCACUCUUCCCAAGAGAUUUCUAUUUUCUCUCAGAAAUUGGCUCAAGCUUCUCGCGAUCUGGCAGUACACCAUCCCCUUCUUGAUCAAUCUCUGCGCCUCUGCCACUUUCUUUGCUAUUCUCAGUGACGCCCCGAUUUCGCUGGCCGUCCCCGUCACCAAUGCGACGACGUUUGCCGCCACCGCCGUGUUUGGUAUGCUCCUUGGCGAAGAAACCCACGUCCCUCGAGCUUUGUUUGGUACGGCUGUUAUCAUAUUGGGAGUUUGGUUAUGUAUUAGCUAAUCAAUUUUUUACUUUUGGUUUGUUUGAUUGUGAAUCUCAAUUUUCGACUCUUGUUUUGAAAUUUUGAGGUGUAUAGUUUAUGUUGAUGAGUUCUGAAUUCGGUUCUUGUUUGUUUAUCUUGUUGAUCCUAUAGUUUCAAAGUUUAGUGCUGGAAUUAGUUGGCAAACGAAAGUCUCUGAUCCCAUUUAUGAUUUAAGAAGUGGUUGCUUUCCUAUUGUUA